GUGUGCCCCGAGUACCUGAACUCACAAGCAGACAUGAUCCGUGGGCAGAUAUUGGCAGCACUGUUGCUGUUGGGGAUUGCUGCGAAGUGCCAGCAGGCGCUGUGCGGCCACGCCCACUCCUACGCCCACCAGACGGGUCCCGUGGUGGGUCCCGCCCAUCCAGUCACUGUGGGACACGCCGGUUACGGGGGAUACGGACACGGACACGGAGGACACAGUGUGGACUACGUGGCGUACCCGAAGUACGAGUUCGAGUACGGGGUGUCUGACGGGCACACAGGGGACCACCACUCCCAGAAGGAGCACCGCGACGGAGACGUCGUGACUGGCGAGUACUCGCUCAAGGAGGCGGACGGCAGCGUGCGCACCGUCAAGUACCACGCCGACAAGUCCGGCUUCCACCCCGUCGUGCACCACUCGAACCACGAACACCAGCACCAGUUCGCUCAUAGCAGCCGACGGAGUACCUCACUGGGGACAAAUAUGAUUCAUGGACAGAUGGUGUCGGCUCUGCUGUUGGCGGUGAUGGCCUCCACGUGUCACCAGGCGAUCUGCGGCCACGCCCACUCAUACGCCCACCAGACGGGUCCUGUGGUGGGUCCCGCCCACCCAGUUACUGUGGGGCACGCCGGUUACGGGGGACACGGGCACGGUUACGGAGGGCACAGUGUGGACUACGUGGCGUACCCGAAGUACGAGUUCGAGUACGGUGUGUCUGACGGUCACACAGGGGACCACCACUCCCAGAAGGAGCACCGCGACGGAGACGUUGUGACGGGCGAGUACUCGCUCAAGGAGGCGGACGGCAGCGUGCGCACCGUCAAGUACCACGCCGACAAGUCCGGCUUCCACCCCGUUGUGCAUAACUCGCAUCACGGUUACGGGGCUGCUGUGGGAGGUGCUGGACUAGGACGUGGGUAUGGAUACUACUGAAGGUGUCCCGCUGGGUUCCAGAGCAUAUCGACAGCAUUCCUGUAAUGGACGUAUCGAUGGAUGUAUUAUGUUAACAUCUUAAUGUCAAUAACUGUUCAUUAUUAUUCCACUGAAUACACUUUCUUGAUUGUGGUAUUGAUAUAAUCUGAUGAUAACACAGUGACAUUUCUAUCACUGAAGGUAUGAGCUAUCUUAUCAUACCAAAUGAAUCACAAUGGUGACAUUAUUCUUAUUUUCUUCCUCGUGUGAAUAUAAUCUGUGUUGCAUGUUGAUUUUAUACAUUUUUGUACUGUUUAUGUAAUAUAUCUAAAAAUAAUAAAAACAAAU